CAAAGAAGCAUCGCAGGGUGGUGGAGUGCGCAUGCGUACUCUCCCUCGCCCGUGCCAGGAAGUUUUCCCGCGGUCUCUCGACCCCGCCCUCUCCUCUUCUUCGCGGUCUCUGAGUUCUGGCUUGGCUUGUGUUCCUAGUAAGCUGUGGUUUUGGGUUCGAGACCCCACGCCCCCUUCACGUUUGCUAAUUGCAGCCCCAUGGGUUGGGAAUGAUGAAAGUUCUUUACCGCCCCAUCCACUUUCCAGAUCCAGCCUCUCUGAUAGUCGCUCCACAAUCCACAAAUUCCAGUCUCUGGGUUAUGUUCCAGAGCAGCGGUCCAAGCAGAAAAUCAGGCCAUCUACUCUGCUUCCAGUCCUACAAACCAGUGGCCUUAAGAAAAGCAAAGCGAAGACUUUGACUAGCAUCCAGCCAGAGUAUUCCAAGCCCACCAUGUUGAUGACAAGUCAGCUGAAGAAUCUACAAGAACUGCACAGAGCGAAGUCAGACUCUGGGAAGAUGCAGGCCAAUAUCCGGCUAAUGAGGAAGAUGCUCAGGAACCGGCAGACUUCACUCCAGGAGCUCCGAAACCACGAGGACUUCAUCACCAAACUAAAUCAGAAGCUGAUCAAGAAUAUCCAGGACAUGGAGGACAGCUCAACCCUGAAAGUGCGGGCGCUGCUGCAGCAGCAGGACAUCCUUGGGGUGAGGCUCUACUGUGGCCCCGAAGCCCCGCCUCUGCGUCUCGGUCCUGCCCACUGCGCCACCCUCCUGACACUGGCGCGCUCUCCUGGCCCCUCCCUGCGGGUUGCAGAGCAGCUGCUUCCAUCUGGAAGAUACAUCUUACAUACUUUGCGCCACCUGCCUGGGCUUUGUAAUCAGACUAAGAUGGGGAGCUCAUCCCAAUGCCUACAUUUAUUAGCUAGGAGACUUUGAGUUAACUUUGCGCUCUGUAAAUAAAGCAGGGCUCAAUAGCACUCAACUCCCAAGGGGAGUUAUACUUGGCACACAAUAGGUGUGCAAGGGAAAGUAGCUGGUACUACCACCACCAGGAGCAAAUACUUAUACAAUGUAACACUAGUGAUUUGUUUAUACUCAUAAUCCUUAUAACAGAGUUGUGAGGUGGAUAUUGUUAUUAUCUUUAUUUUAUAUGUGAAGAAAUGGAAACACAGAGAGGCUAGGUGACUUGCUCAAGGUCGCUCUCAGGGUUACCCGUCUAGCAUCUGAGAUUUGGGCCCAGGCAGUCUGACACCAGGAUCUGUGUUCUUUCCACCAGGCUGUGAUUACCACCCUCAUCCAGUGGUGGUACUUCCAGUCUGUGGGUGAAGAGUGACUUUGCGGAGAGCCCAGGGAAUGUCCUUGGCCUUCUCUAGGAGAGGCUGUGGUGAGAGGCUAAAAGUUCACAAGGUGACCAGGAGUUUGGGCUUGAGAAGAGUCAGAGAAAAUGAUUUAAUGGAGAAGUGAUUCCCCUCUGACUGCAGUCUGCCCAGAAAGAAGAGGGACUGAGCUCACCAGAGCCUGUGAGAUGAAAAUAAAAUUAAGUCUUGGAGACUCAACUGAUCUGCUCGGGCUGCCAUAACAAAAUACCACAGACCAGGUAGCUUGAAUGACCAAAAUUUAUUUUGUCAGUUCUGAAGACUGGCGAGACCAGGCGGGUGAGACCUCUCUCCUUGGGAUGCAGACGGCUGUCUUCUUCUUGUGCUUUCACAUGGCCUUUCCUCUGUGCUCACAUUGAGUGAGAGAGAUCUCUAGCAUCUCUUCAGCUUAUAAGGACACUAGUCCUGUAGGAUUAGGACCCCACCCUUUUGACCUCAUUUAUCAUUAAUUACCUUCCUAAAGGCCUUAUCUCCAAAUACAGUCACAUUAGGCAUUGGGGCUUCAAUAUAUGAAUUUGGGGGAGGGGACACAAUUCAGUCUAUAACAGAGACCAAGGACAUACAGAGUUAUUCAGUCCAAGGAAACGUAAUAGAAUAUUCUCCAUACUUAGACAAAGUCUUUCUCUGAUUUUCUGUCUUUGGUUCAUUAAUACAUUUUUUGUUCAUCCUGA